GCCAAGCACAAGAGGUCCCAGUCAACGGUCAAGGCUCCUGCGUACGUUGAUAAUACAAAUAAUGAAUACUCCUCACUAUACAAAGCAGACACCGGGUGGGGGAAAGAGACUGAGCGGAGAAGUGAAGUGAUCCGUAGGAAGGCAACAAGUGUCAGGCCAUGCUGCAGGGUGAAAAGCACAGAUAAAGAACCUUCCACCACUCAGGAUAUUCCACCAGCCCUGACAACUUCAUGCCGCAGGAGACAGCCUGAUGCCCUCAGCGACUCCUGCCAUGGACGGAGGGAUGAACUUUCCACAGCAUGAACACCAGCAGUCGGGCAAUACGUUGUACAGCAUGCCGAACCUCCAGACCCAGCUCAGCGUUCCUGCCAUAGAGAACUCGAUGCUGGCUCCUGAUUGGUGGAAUUCCUUCUGUUCAUCUGCCCCUUUCUCAACUCCAUCUUUCCCAAGUGAAAGCCAGCAAUAUUUUACAUCCGAGUUUUACAUGAAUUCCAUCAGCAGACAGCCUUUCACAGAGCCGAACUAUGCAUCCGUAGGCCUCGCUGACUUCUUACCAAAAAAUGGUGAUUUUCCUCAGGACUCUUCGUACCUCGACGAGCUUUCCAACAACUCCCUCUUCUCCUCCCCCGCGGACUCCCUCUCCGACAUCGCUGAUGCUCAGGAAUUCCUGCCCGCUGACAGCCUGAACCACGUGCCAACGAUAUGGGAUGUAAACACCUCGCAACAGAACCAAACAGAGCUGUUCUCUCCCAGCAGGUCCUUCGCAGGCCUAGAAAGUUUGGAAGACCAUCUUGCUGCUCCCCCAAACACCCCACUGCUCAUAAGCUAUCAGGAGUCAGUCCAGCCCCAGGCGGAGGAGGAGGAUGAAGGGGAAGAGGAAGAGACGGAGGAACUGGGACAUGCGGAGACCUAUGCAGAUUACGUACCUUCCAAAUCCAAGCUUGGGAAGCAGCAUCCCGACCGCGUGGUUGAAACGAGCACCCUCUCCAGCGUGCCCCCGCCUGACAUCACCUACACCCUUUCCCUUCCCAGCGCCGUGGCCGACAACGGGUUACUCUCUGCACUACAGCUGGAGGCCAUCGUGUAUGCCUGCCAGCAACAUGAAGUUUUACUCCCCAACGGUCAGCGAGCUGGGUUCCUCAUUGGGGACGGUGCUGGGGUUGGAAAAGGCAGGACAGUCGCUGGGAUCAUCUUUGAAAACUAUCUGAAGGGGCGGAAAAAAUCUCUCUGGUUCAGCGUCUCCAAUGAUCUGAAGUAUGAUGCUGAAAGAGACCUGAAGGACAUCGACGCCCUGAACAUUCCUGUGCAUGCUUUAAACAAGAUUAAAUAUGGCGACACAGCUACCUCCGAAGGAGUCCUCUUUGCCACUUACUCUGCUCUGAUUGGUGAAAGCCAGGCAGGCGGGCAGCACAGGACACGGUUAAAGCAGAUUUUGGACUGGUGCCGGGAGAACUUUGAUGGAGUUAUUGUGUUUGAUGAAUGCCACAAAGCCAAAAAUGCCAGCUCCACUAAAAUGGGCAAAGCAGUGUUGGACCUUCAGAACAAACUGCCUCUAGCGAGGGUCGUCUAUGCCAGUGCCACAGGUGCCUCUGAGCCAAAAAACAUGAUUUACAUGAGCCGGCUCGGGAUCUGGGGGGAGGGGACUCCCUUCAGAGUGUUCGAUGACUUCCUCCAUGCAAUUGAGAAGAGGGGUGUUGGUGCUAUGGAGAUCGUGGCCAUGGACAUGAAAGUGAGCGGCAUGUACAUCGCCAGGCAGCUCAGCUUCUCUGGAGUCACUUUCAGGAUCGAGGAGAUCCCCUUGGACCAGCAGUAUGAACGGGUCUACAACAAAGCAGCACAGCUGUGGGCAGAGGCCAUGAGGGUGUUCCAGCAGGCGGCUGACUAUAUUGGCAUGGAGUCUCGAAAGUCCCUGUGGGGUCAGUUCUGGUCGGCUCACCAGCGCUUCUUCAAAUAUCUCUGCAUCGCUGCUAAAGUCCAGCGCCUCGUGGCGCUCGCCAAGGAGGAGCUGGCAAAGGACAAGUGCAUCGUCAUCGGGCUCCAGUCCACCGGCGAAGCUCGCACCAGGGAGGUCUUGGACGAGAAUGACGGACACCUCAACUGCUUUGUCUCCGCUGCAGAAGGCGUCUUUCUAUCACUAAUUCAGAAGCACUUUCCUUCAACCAAAAGAAAGAGAGAAAAAGGAACUGGCAUUAAAAGAAAACGGAAGCAGAAAGGCAGCUGUGCCAAGGCCCCGAGGUGCCUGUACGACCUGGUGGGCGUGAUCAAGAUCAGCGAUGACAGCAGCACGGAUUCGGACAUGGGGCUGGAAAGCGACUUCAACUCCUCCCCGGAGUCCCUGUUCGACGGCGACGACGUCAUCUUUGUGGAGCACACCUACAACGGCUUCGCGUGCGAGGACAGAGGCAGCUUGCCCCUGCCAGGGCCCCAGAAGGAGGCGCAUGGCCCCGGAGUGCUGGAACAGGUGGAGAAAAUGAAGCAGGACCUCCUGUCCCAAGUCAGAGCGCUGGGCAGAGAGCUCCCCCUCAACACCCUGGACGAGCUGAUCGAUAAUUUCGGGGGCCCAGAGCACGUGGCAGAGAUGACUGGCCGGAAAGGCCGGGUGGUGCGCAGACCCGAUGGCUCCAUCAAGUACGAGUCCCGGGCCGAGCAGGGCCUCUCCAUAGACCACGUCAACCUGAAGGAGAAGGAGCGUUUUAUGAGUGGGGAAAAGCUCGUGGCCAUCAUCUCGGAGGCUUCCAGUUCGGGGAUCUCUCUCCAAGCAGACCGGCGGGGGGGGAACCAGAAGCGCCGUGUCCACAUGACCCUGGAACUGCCCUGGAGUGCAGACCGGGCCAUCCAGCAGUUUGGUCGCACGCACCGAUCGAACCAGGUCUCCGCUCCGGAGUACGUCUUCCUCAUCUCCGAGCUGGCCGGGGAGAGGAGGUUCGCGUCCAUCGUCGCCAAGCGCCUGGAGAGCCUCGGCGCCUUAACUCAUGGAGACCGAAGAGCCACCGAGUCCCGAGACCUCAGCAAGUACAACUUUGAGAAUAAGUACGGGACCAGGGCGCUCGACAGGGUCCUCACCACCAUCUUCAACCAGGCGAAGAGCAGAGUGCCUCUGCCCCAGGAGUACCAGGGCCGGGAGGCCGAGUUUCUCCACGAAAUGAAACAAGGUCUCCUGUCGGUCGGGAUCUGCUGCAAGGAGAUGAAGUACGGCUACGCCUCGGUGGAGAAGGACUGCUCCAUAACCAAGUUCCUGAACCGCAUCCUGGGCCUGGAGGUGCACAAGCAGAACAUGCUCUUCCAGUACUUCACCGACACCUUCGACCACCUGAUCGAGAAGGACAAGAAGGAGGGCAAAUACGACAUGGGCAUCCUAGACUUAGCCCCUGGCGUGGACGAGAUCUACGAGGAGAGCAAGGAGGUGUUCCUGACCCCGGGGCAUCCCCAGGACGGGCAGGUGGUGUUCUAUGAGAUCAGCGUCGACAGAGGCCUGAAGUGGGAGGAGGCCUAUGAAAAAUCACUCCAGCUGACCGGCUCCCACAAGGUGAGCUGCUUCCCGGGGGGCUGGGCCGAUCGGUGCCUCUCUGACCCCUCCCCGUGUGGGAAGGGGCAGGGGAUAAAGAUCCCCGAGAGCUGCGUCCACAGGGUGCGGGGGGAGCUGAAGCAGAUGGACGAGAACGUGAAGCUGAAGCACAACCGGGCCCUCCUAGCCCAGGAGCUGCCCUACCCCAUGGCCCAGCACGUCUUGCAGCCGCCCCGCGAGCUCUGCCAGCCUGGCGCCGGGCUCGCCCUGCCCGCGCACUCCCUGCACCAGGGCGAGCUCCUGAACUUGGCCUACAGCCCCCCCGGCGACAGCCUCUCCAGCAUGGCCCUGAAGCCGGACCUGGGCGCGCUGCGCUUCCCCCCGGAGCCUGUUCUCCAGCACCAGCAGCACCGGCUGCCCCCGCACUUC